CCAACUUUUGGGCUGGGCCUGCGGGAGCAGGGGUGGAGAGCGGGAGAGGCGAAGGUGCUUCCCUCCCUCCUCCUCCUCCGGCGGCGGAGUUAAGGCCGUGUCCCGUGCCCGCAGCCGGCCACUGCGCCGCGCGGCCCGAGGGCGGCGGGGGGACUGCGCCUGGCAGCCGUGAUGGCGAGCUUGCAGAAGCAGCAGGCUGACCGCCUGGCCGGCAACAUCGACGACAGUCUCCGACGGCGCCAGGACGAGCUCGACCCCGGCCCCAGCCCCGGCUGCCACUCGCUGCCGCCGCCUGCCACCACCCAGUGCUUCCUGGCCCCCGGGCCGUGCCUGCCGCCGGUCGCUGUGGAGGAAGAAGAAGAAGAGGAAGAAGAGGAGGAAGACGAGAGGGAGAAAGGGAAGCCCCGUGACCUGCUGCCACUCUCACACCAAGGGUGGACCUAUGAGGAGCAGUUCAAGCAGCUCUAUGAACUGGACCAGGAUCCGAAACGCAAGGAGUUCCUGGAUGACCUCUUUGGAUUCAUGCAGAAGAGAGGGACACCCGUGAACCGCAUCCCCAUCAUGGCCAAGCAAGUGCUGGACCUGUACACAUUGUACCAACUUGUGACAGACAAGGGUGGCCUAGUUGAAGUCAUCAACAAGAAGAUCUGGCGGGACAUCACCAAGGGCCUCAACCUGCCUACCUCCAUCACCAGUGCUGCCUUCACCCUCCGCACGCAAUACAUGAAGUACCUGUAUCCCUAUGAAUGUGAGAAGCGGGCGCUCAGCUCUCCCAGGCAGCUCCAAGCUGCCAUUGACAGCAACCGUCGGGAAAGCCGGAGGCAGACUUUUGGCACAACAGUCUACAGCUACAUGCCAUCCAACACCCCAGCACUUCUGGGCUCCCACAGGAUGCCUCUGCCAUCUCUUGGCAUCACCACGCACAACUGCAAUCAGUUUGGCCAAAUGCACACUGUUAAACAAGAGAAUAGCAUGCUGGCAGCAGCAGUGCCAGGACACUUUGCUAUCCCAGUGGGACUGCCCAGUCACCAUCUGUCAGUGGCCCAAGCACCUGCCUCACAGGCAGUGGCACUGGACCAGCUGCAAGAGAAGAUGGAGAUGAGCGAGCCCCCAGAGAAGAAGAUGGCCCUGCUAGCAGAGGAGCAGCAGAGGCUGAUGCAACAUGUGCUGCAGCAGAAUCUCCUGGGCAUGGCCUCCCAGUUUCCCAUGAACAUCAAGAUCUCCAACCAAGAUGACAGACAGGAGACCGCAUCGAACCUGUCCACCAACAGCAUUAGCAGUAUCAACAUGUCAAUAGAUAUAAAUGGAGUUGUCUACACAGGUGUCCUGUCUGCCCAGGAGCCCCCGGGCCCACUGAUAUCCGAUGGAGGGAGCACCAACAGCUGGCCAAAACCUGUGCCUGCUCCAAACCCACUGCUCCAAGCCCACUUGCACAGCUGCACUCCCGCCAGCACCUCGCUGUAAGGGAGUUGCGCCCUCCACCCCUGAAAGCAGCUGGGGGUUCCAGGGUCCUGGGGGCCUGAGCUGUGGGACCCAGCUGGGCCAGCAAGGUGAGAUAGCAGACCCAAAGGUGCCUCUUGCUGCAAUACUGAGCCUUCUCUGUGCAAAGCUGUGAGCACCCAUGUGGGCCCUUCUGUCCCUUAGCACUGCAUAUGGGGCCCCUUCUCUGCGUGUGCCAUCCCACACAUGCACCUUCUUUCCCAGGCACUACCCCCCAGUGACCCCCUCCCACACAGUUCCUGCCUGCCAUGCUGCCUGGGGUACCCCUGGGCUUCAUUUAUUGCAUCCCCUACACACUGCAGCUCCUAUAGCCACCCCAAUGCAUGUACCACAGCCCCUAUAUACACCCCAGUGCUAGACUGCAUCCUUCCUGUUCAAUAUGCAACUCAGUGUGCACAGUGCAUCUCUUAAGUAUUUUCACCCCUAUACACGUCUCUAUGCACAUUUACACUAUACACUUCCUUUUAAACACUUUUGAUGUGUCAGCUGCCUCCCCUACCUACCACAUCCCCCAUAUGCUUCUCUAAUGCACAUAUUGUAUCUCCUAUAUACAACUUGGUGCCCACAUGAUGUCACCUGUGCAAACAGUGCAGUCUCUUUGCACUGCAGCCCCCAUAAACUGUAGCCCCUAUACACUGCAUCCCCUACAUACUUCACUCCCUACCCACUGCUGACCCCCCCCAGGCAGCCCUCGUGCACUGCCUGGGCUUGCUUCCCCUGCCCUGAGACAUCCCCCCAGGGUCUUGGGUGCCCCCUGGGCACCCCAGGGUGGUGGCAUCUCAACCACCUGGUCCUUAACUCAGAGAGAUCAUCCUGCGGGCAGAUAAUGGGGAAAAUGGUGAGUGAGGUGUGACAGCUUUUUAGGUGGGGAUGGAGCUUAUAGGGGUGGGGGUGGAGGGUGGGCCUUGAUAUAGGAGCGGGGAUUGCUUGUGCACUUGGAGGAGCUUGUUGGGGGAGACUAGACCAGACCAGACCGGGCUUGACUGGACGAGAAAGCACAAAGGAAAAAGGAAGAAGACAGGGCAAAGGAAAAGGAUGUGAAAGAGGAAAGGAAAAUGAAAGCCCAGCAGUGCUUCCUACUGCUAAAGACCACCUGGACACUGGUGUCCCCAGCCAGCAGGGAAACUGAGGGCAUUCAGAGCUACCUCGUUGAGGUCAGGUGGGUGCCUUCUGCAUCUGCAUGCACUCCUGGGUGCCAAAGCAGGCAAGCAUGGAGCAACACUCACCUCUGCUUCAGUCUGAGAGUCUGGGCCUCAGUGCUGCUGGCUCCCUCAGCACUCCAACGGCAGCCGCACAACUCUUUUAUGUCUAA